GUUUCCAGCGGUGAUCAUGACAUGGCUUGCCCAUAUGUGGGUACUUUAAAAUGGAUUCGCAUGCUCAAUUUGACCGUCGAAGACAAUUGGAGACCUUGGAAUGUCGAUGGCCAAGUUGCGGGAUACACAGAGAAGUACAAGAAUAAUGACUUCAAUCUCACAUUUGCAACAGUCAAGGGUGCAGGACACACAUGUGCAGAAUACAAGCCUAAGGAAUGUCUUGCGAUGCUCCAGCGGUGGAUCUCUCGACGUUCUUUAUAGGUAUAGAUAGAUGGGCAAGUUUUCAGAAUUCAUUAAUUACACCAUUUUACCAUCAUUAUCUCCACUGGUGGACCCACAGUGGGUCUUGGUGGAUCACUUGACCCACCAACUUAAAAUUGAGUUUUUUUUUUAUUUUUUUUUAAAUAAAUGGAAAUUAGAUUUGAAGCAAACGAACUCUAGCUCGAAAAAUCUGAAAACUUUAAAUGAAGUUUUAAGUUUUUAAAGAACGUGAAAGAUUCAUUCAUCAAAAGUUAUAUGCCUCUUUUUUUGGGGAAAUUUGUAUUUUUUUAAUGAUUUCUUUUGUAUUUUCUUAUGAAAUGGAGUUAGAGAUCCAUUUAAGCGCUUCAAUUUCUAUCUUGUUUCGGCGAUUUUAUGGUAAUGGAUUCUUGCUGUGAUUUGUCUUUGUAUGAAUUAGAAUGUGCAUUUGAUAAUUUAAUAUUUAGAAUUUCUGUAAUUUUUGUACUUUCACUUGAAUUAAUUGUGAUGGAACAAUAAUUUAAACGUAAAUAUGCCUUUUUUUUAUGAUCACAAU